AUGCAUGCGGCAGCUGGGACCGGCAGCAAGGCAGGUGCAGGUCAUCUUGCUCCAAGGCCUCGCUACCUGAGCCCAUGCGGCUCCACUGGUGACCGCAGCGCUCGUCGAGCAGCUUUCAGAUUGUCGAGACCAGGGCUUUGGCUUGUAGCUGGCCCUGCCUUUGUGAAAGCAUGGCGGAGGGGCAUAUACCGCACAGCCGGCCGGGCUCGCACAGUGUCAUCUACCACUGAUGAGCUGUAUGUGCUGUAUCAGCAGGGCCGUGCCGAGGAAGCUGUGGCGCUGUUCAAAGAGAUGCCGCCAAGUUUGCAGCAGAAGACCUACAUCCGCAACACUGUGUUGGGAGCCUUUGCAAAUGCCGGAGACCUGGACGGCGCCAUUCGCUGGUUCAACACAUAUCCAGAGGCAGGUCUUGAAGAAACACCGAAGAUGUACGGGAAGUUGGUGGAGGCGGCCGCCUCUGCUGGCAAGCCAGACUCGGCAAAGGCUUGGCUUUCGAAGUUGGAAGAUCGCUUCUCGGUCAGUGACCCCAUGGUCCUCAGCAUGAUCAUCAACGCCUACGCCAAGGCCAACUCCCCGGCUUUGGCCAGCAAGAGCUUUCAAGAGAAGCUUCGACGGUGUGGUGAGGUCAAUCUGGUGGACUUCAAUACAGUUGUUGAUGCCUUUGCCCGGGCAAAAGAUCCCGGAGGUGCGCGACUGUGGUUUGAAAGAGCACGGGCCGAGGGAUUCCAACCGGAUCUCACGUCCUACACUGCGCUGAUGAGCGCCAUGGCACGGUCGGCCCAACAUGGGGCUGCCGAGAACUGCCUGCAGUUGCUGAGCUCCAUGACGGCUGCCGGGCUGGAACCUGAUGUCGUCGCGCAUAAUGCGGUGAUUUCCGCCUAUUGCCGGAGCCAUCAAGUGGAUAAGGCCCGGCUGCACCUGCAUGGUGCAGGCAAGUCGCAGGUCCAACUCGAUGCCUUGUCAUUCACACCAAUUGUGCAAGUUUGUGCGGAGCAGGGAGAUGUGCAGGGGGCGCUGGCGUGGCUGGAGACCAUGCGCUCGCAAAAAAUCUCGCCAGAUGUCACCGCCUACACAAAUGUCCUGCUCGCGUGCGCCCGAGCCACGGACUCUAAAGGAGCCAGGAAGGUCUUUGACAAGAUGCUCGCGGACAAAGUGCAGCCUGAUGUCAUUGCCAUGAACAACCUGAUCAACUCCAAUGCCAGGAGUGGAGACGUAGAUGCUGCACUCUACUAUCUGCAAAUGAUCAAGGAGCUGGACCUGAAGCCAACCGCGCAAACCUACACUCCGAUUAUCCAAGGCCUGGGCCAUCAAAGUCGCCUGGCUGACGCCAUGAGUCUGGUCGAGGAGGCAGUGGCCACUGGCUUGAUGCCGGACGUGACACUCUAUAAUGUCUUACUCCAGGCCUGCAUCAAAGCAGGAGAUGCGGAUUCGGCCGAAGCAGUCUUGAGGCAGAUCUCCCAGCAAGGCCUGAGGCCUGACGAGCACAGCUACCACGCGCUCAUCGGCGUCUAUGCUAAGUUGGCUCGCGUGGAUGCCGCAGCCGAUGUCAUUGCUCGCAUGCAGGAAGCAGGAGUGCAGCCAAACCAUUACAUCUGGACCGGCAUGCUGCAGGCUUGCAACAGGGGCAAGGAUACUACUUGGGCGUGUGUGGCCUUCCGUACUCUUGUCAGACAGGGCAUUGAAGUAGACAGCCGGUUGCUGGACAGUUUCACCGCGGCGGUGCCCUUGUCAGUGGCAAACAAGCUCCAGGAAGAGCUCUAUGCAGGAUAUCGUUGA